AUGUAUAAUUUACCUUCGAUUUUUCUGCAACUUAACUUGGCAUGGGUUCUUCUAGUAGCAUCUUUCACUGCUGCUCAAUUCGUGACUGGUUGCCAAGAUUACUGUGGUAACAUCAGUAUCCCAUACCCAUUUGGCACUAGUAAAGAAUGCUACGUAGAAGAACAUUUUCUGCUCAGAUUGGCCAAAUUCCCCAUCUCGUAUACCCGAAACAAGUUCACGGCUGUUGGGUGCGACUCCUAUGCAGUUAUCUCAGGCUCCCAGGGACAAAAGUAUGACACGGGGUGCUUGUCACUGUGCGACAACAUCAACAAUGUGAUCAACGGCUCUUGCUCUGGCAUUGGCUGCUGUCAGACGAGUAUCCCCAAAAGAGUGAGGAGUUUCUACAUCAGUGUCAGAAGCUAUGACAACCAUACCCUUUUAUGGAACUUUAAUCCGUGCACCUACGCUUUUGUAGCUGAGGAAGCUGCUUACAACUUCUCUUCUUUAGAUCUUGCAAACUUACAGAACAGAACAAUGUUUCCUGUGGUGCUUGAUUGGUCUGUAGGGAACCAAACAUGUGCUGAAGCCAAAAACAAUCUAACAAGUUUUGCUUGCAAGGCUAAUGGCGACUAUUAUGACUUUCACAAUGGUCCUGGGUAUCGCUGCAAUUGCUCCCAGGGAUAUGAAGAGAACCCUUAUCUUCCUAAUGGUUGUAUAGGUAACCACAACUGUGUUGAAAGCUUUCAGUUUCUUCCUAACGUUGAUGCCAUGAUUUAUAUGUUGUAGCUACUGAAUAUGACAUCAAAAAUCAAACUUGCUUGUUCUCAGAUAUUAAUGAGUGCAUUAUUUCAAGCCCCUGCAACAUGACAUGCCAGAAUUUACUAGGCACAUACAAAUGUUCUUGUCCAGACGGCUAUGAAGGUGAUGGCAGAAAAAAUGGAUCAGGUUGCAGUCUGAUUCCUGUUCCGACCCAUAGGCUUCCCGUGAUUAACAUCGCAUUAGGUAGGUACAUAUACACCCCACACAUGCUUACUAAUCAUAAAUUUGUCUAUAGAUUAAAUUUUCAUCAAUAGUCAAGCAGAUCAUUGCUUGUGAUUUUGAUUCUAUCUCCAGUUAAAGAGUUUACAAUCCUCAAUUAUUGAUGCACAAUCUGAAACAAUUUGAAGAUGCCAUAUCUCCAAUUACCUUAUAUUGUUCUUUCAGCAACGUAACAUUUAUAUAGACAUCUAAGUUUUUAUAAACAACCAAUUCUCUCAUCUUAUUUUUCAUUUUCAUGUAUAGGUUGUGUUUGGUAAUUCAAAGAAGAAAGGAAUAACCGGAAAAAAACAAAAAACAAAAAAUGUAGUCAUCAAAAUGUGACCAAAGUUUAGAUCAACACUAAUGCCUGCACCAACCCAAAAAAAAAAAAAAAAAAAAAAAAAAAAAAAAAGAAAAAAAAGAAAGAAAAAAAA